GAAGACAAUGGCGGAAUCUCCACGACUCUCCGUGAACAGUGCUGCGGCUGUAGACAGCGCGAUUUCCUUGGUUGUCCAGGCAGUUGACGUCGAAAGAGGACUCACUGGAGAAGAAACUACAGUCGUCACUAAGGCCGUCGACAGUGUGGUAUCAGAAACAUUCUCCUACGAGCAGGAUCAACUGGCUGCGGCCGCCGAGUCUACGACAGUCGUGGUCUCGGAGGCCAUAAAGUUUGAAAAAGAGUACUAUCAGGAUCACGAGGAUGCCGUCAACGAAUCUAUAUCGGAGAUGGUAUCUGAGUCCAUCAAGACAGACCUUAAAUUCAAGGAGCAAGCCCCGACUCACGCAAAAGUUGUUUACACCGAGCUGACGUUGGCACUCAUCAAACCGGAUGCUCUCAAAGCUGGUCAUGAUCGUGAGAUACGAUACGCAAUGCAUGCUCACGGUUUUGUCAUAGUGCACGAGGCUUACAUUAAGUUUACUUCUGUGAGAGCUGGCAUAUUUUAUGACCAUCACCGUGGCAAGCCGUGGUUUCAGAGAUUGACUCGGUUCAUGAGCAGUGGACCUGUGCACGGGUUCGUCUUGGGAAAGGAGCGAGCGGCAAGGUCAUGGAAUGUUGUGAUCGGUCCCACGGAUCCAGAGCAAGCUCGCAAAGAGUCGCCUUUGAGCUUACGAGCGCGCUUUGGAAGGGAUAUCCUGCGAAAUGCAGUGCAUGGUAGCUUUAAUGCAGCACGUGCAAGACAGGAGAUCAAGUUUAUUUUUCCCAAUGUGGUUAUGGAUCCUCUACCUGAUCCACCGAAGGCUCGGAUCACCUUCGACAAGACCUUAAAGCGAACUUUGAUAAUGGGAUUGACAGCGUUGUGCAAAGCCAAGCCUUAUUCGGAGCCGCUCAAAGUGCUUAGAUGGUUCGCUCGGUGGUUACAAGAACACAAUCCAAAUAGGCCUUACAUUGAUGGCAAGAGAUACGUGGAAGUUGUCAUUCCUGACUGACUACUCCAAGAACACGUCUGUAAG